AUGGCCAUACUCGAUGAAGAAAUAAAUUUUGCCCAAAAUAAAAUGGAAGAAUUACCAACCAAUUUAAGUUUAGAUAAAAGCCAUAAUUGUGAUCGUAGCCCUUCGGAGGGUGGUCCGACAAAUUCUUCCCCAAGUGGUGGUGUUGAAAAAUCAGAGCAAAAUCAAGAAAAAGAUCUAUCCAAUGAAACACGAAUUCAUUUAAGUUUUAGUGUCGAUCGUUUGUUAAAUAAUAAUAAAACGGAACAGCAGCAACAACAGAAUAGCCAGCCCAAGUCGCUGACGGAAGCGGAUAAAUGUUGCGCGGAUAUGCAAAAUGGUUAUUCCUGCUGCUCUCUGCCGAAUUGUUUAGUAGGCAGCAAUCACCCGUCAUUACCGUUUGGAGGACAUCAUCAUGGCGAAGAGGAUUCGACAAUGACGACGCAACCAGGAAAUUUUAUGGAUUUUAAAUCGAUUGUUCGACCAACACCUAUGCGUGCCAUGGGAGGCAAUAAUGGCCCUGAACAAGUUCCCCCCAUGACAUCAUAUUCCGCCCUGACAUCUGCUGCCCUGAUACGCUUGCAUCACGCCCAUAUGCAACAAAAAACGAUGGCAUCACAUCCGCAUUUGCCGGGCCAACCAAAUUUCGCCUUAUCAUCCCUCCUCAAUCCCAUGUGUAAUAUAAAACCUGUUUCAACAAAUCCCCAUCCGAUAGGUCUGCCAAAUUUUCCCAGCACAAAUUCCCGAUAUACAACAAAAGGUGCCAUUAGUUUUGAUUUACCGGGUAUGAGGCCGAAUUUAAAUUGUAUUUCGAAUCUACGACAUCAUUCAAUGCCAUCUGGUGAGGGUCAUAUUCAUUUCCCUUCGACAAAUGUGAAUUCUUCGGCGGGUUCUACAGCGGGAAGUAGUGGUAGUAUAUCGGCUAAUAGUAAUAACACACAAUGCUUCAACAUCCAUUACAAUAAUCUACAGCGCAAGGGUUUGGAAAUUCAAUUUCAACAACAGAAAUACAUUACGAAACCGGACAGACGUAAGCUGGCAGCCAGGCUGAAUUUAACUGAUGCGCAGGUCAAAGUCUGGUUCCAAAAUCGUCGCAUGAAAUGGCGUCAUACCCGUGAAAAUCUCAAAAGUGGCCAAGAGAAACAACCCCAGGCGGCGGGAGAUAACAGCUCUUCUGCGGGGAAACCGCCAAUGGAAACCUCUUUACCCCCAGGUUAUUCUUCAGAUUGUUCUUCAAGUUUGGAGCUAAGUGAUCCCGAGGAGGAUGAUGAUGAAAUUGAUGUGGUCGAAUGA